CCAUGACAUUGGUGCUUCUCAAAAGGUGCUUUUCAUGGUGGUCACUCUCCUUUGGGCUGUAGCCCAGUCUCAGAAACUUGGGUAAUACAGGAACAUUCACAGUAUGUGGUCCUCAGGCCCAGUUCACCCUGGCCUGGGUAGGGGAAGAUGUCCCACUCUCCUGUCAUCUCUCCCCUAAAAUGGAUGCUCAAGGAAUGACUGUGAAGUGGGUCAGAGGUCCAUUGGUUGUGCACCUGUACCGCAGUGGGCAGGAGGUGGAGGAAGUCCAGGCCCCUGCAUUCCAAGGGAGGACAAAGAUGCUGAGACAGGACAUGGCUGAAGGGAAGGUGACCCUGAGCAUCCACCAGGUCCAGCUCUCUGAUGCUGGCCAGUACACGUGCUAUUUCCAGGCAGGCCCCUUGUACAGUGAGGCCAGCUUUGACCUCCUGGUAGCAGAAUGUCAGAAAGAACAAUUCUCAGUGACUGACCCUACUCAGCUCAUUCAGGCCAAGCAAGGAGAAAACAUUACCAUAUCCUGUGAACUCUCCACUAAGAAAGAUGGUCAGGACAUGACUGUGAACAGCUUCAGAAACCAGACCCUGGUGCACAGGUACCCCAGUAGGGAGAAUCUGGAGGAAUCCCAGAGGGUUGAAUUCCAGAGAAGGAUGGAGCUGCUGAAACAUGACAUGGCUGAAGGGAAGGUGACCUUGAGGAUCCACCAGGUCCAGGUCUCUGAUGCUGGUCCAUAUACUUGCUAUUUCCAUUCAUCUAGUUAUCACAGUGAAGCCCACAUAGAACUUCAGGUAGCAGGGGUGUUGUUAGGGCCCAAAGAACCAGAGGCUACUCUGCUUUGGGCCUGUGCAUCAAUAAAACUGCUCUUCAUUAUUUCUGAAUGCCAUUUGGGUCUCUCCAUCGAAAUUCCCAACAACAUUUGGUGUGAUCGGCCAGGAAAAACCCGUUCAUGUAGGCUGGAUUGGCUAGCCUCUGAUGAGGAACUGAGAGCUGGGAGCUCCAGGUGGGGCCCACCCCUGAUUAGAGGUGGAGCCACCUGCACCUUGUGA